AUGACUUCAGUUACUGGAAGAUCAACUACUGUUAAACUAUCUUAUUUGCUCAAUUCAGUUCCAAACUUUUCGUUUUUUGAUGAGCUAAUAAACAUCACCGCACCUAACCAGAGGUUACUGGUGCAGCUACUGCAGCACGACAUAUUUAAAAUCAACAAAAUCUUGGAUGACAUAAUCCUUUAUCUAAAUGAUUUGGUCUCCACGGCCAACAAAAUUAGCCAAGUGUCAAGAGACAUCGAUGAAAUGCUACCUUGGUACUUGGAGGGUAAACUUUCUGUAAUUGAUUUGCUACGAAAUUUGGACAGCAUCGACUCAAUCAUAUCACGACUAUUGUUUUUGCUUGAAAAUCAAGAUUAUGAUACAGAUGGUGAUCCGCACAUUCAAGUAAAUCAGAGUCUAAUACGGAAAUUUGAAGAAUCGAGCGAUUUACUACUUGAUGUAAAGAAAUCACUGAUUAUGCUCAAAAAAAAUCUAGACAUUGCUAUCAAUUACCAUGAGCUAAUGGAUAUGGUGAUCAAAUCUUUGAAGGAUGAAAUUGAGGAUUGCAUAAACAUUGUAGUGCAAUUAAGAUCUUACAAAUUAACUAGUCCUAGAAAAGUGUUACCUAAAUUCAGUUUGAAUGCCAUUGUGUCAAAAAUGCAAGUACAUAAUUUUACAUCCGGUAUGUUUAUCUCCAACUCCACAAAUUCGGCAUCAAAUUCCAAUACAAUAAUAUCAGCAACUACAAGUACACCCCAAUCCCCAUCCGUAUCAAAAUCAAUAAAGUUACCUACCUUUAAUGAUUUAGACGAGAACAUAUAUGAAGAGUACUUGUUACUUGAAGAAAAGGUUUCCCCAUUAAAUAUAUCAUUAGACAUUGUUCCAUCCAAGAUUGAGGAGUUCAACACACUUUGCUCGCAUUCUGCAUUUAUUGUUUCCAAAGAAAAAGUCUUGCUUGCAUACGAAACAAUGUUGGACAAAUGGCAUUUCCUUAAGGGGCAAAUGAAAAUAAUGAAACACGAAUCCAUUGAUCUCACCUGGAACGAAGUGUUCAACUAUUUAGUAGCACAGACGACGCAUGAAUGUGGAAAAUUAAUUGAGUUGUUUGGUCACUUGGAUACGGCAAAGAGUGCGGAGGCACUCUCUUUAGCUGGCGACGAAAUUGGAGACAAGUAUAAAGCUUGUUCAAAUUCCAUACAGUUAACUCAAAAGGCAAUCCAAGAAAACAUCAUCACCGAUGACAGUAUUGUCGCUCAGUUUUACGAAACACUUCAACCAAGAUGGAUGGAAGUUAAUGAGCUAAUAACUCAAAGCAAAGCCAAAACGGAGUCCAUCGAAAGCUCUACCAGGACCAUUCAGCUACCGAAACGCAAUACGAGUAGCGGCUUGCGGCCCUUCCAAAUAGGAUCGCGCAACUCUUCAUUAAACAACGAAAGGCCCAUUAGUAAUGGGUUGGGGAUUGAUUUCAAUGUUGAUGUUGAAACUGUCACAAUUCCUUUGAGUGUUCAAAAGAAGGACAAAGUGAUUGAUUUUUUUCAAAAGAACAUCAAGAUCAAACAUAAGAACAAAAACAAUGCAUUUCAUCAAAUAAAUAAUUUUAAUAAUAGUGAUGAGGAUGAUAAUGAUGAAGAGAAUGAUGGUGAUAAUGGUGGUGAUGACAACAAUCAUAAUGCUGAUCACGAGCAGGAUGUAAAACCCCAAGGAAAAAAUUUGAAAAGCACGCUUGUUGACGCAUUUGAAGCAUUGAAGAUUGACAACAAGGAUAUUGAGGAAAGAACUUUAGUAAGUAGCCCACCCGCACCUUCAAACGUUGCUGAUGCCAAACUGAAUAGAGAAAGGUGUGCAACAUUUGAUGCGAACGUUUACUUUGAAAACAUACUCAAUUCAAGUGUGAGAAAACCUUCUAGAUUACCAAGAAUAUCUAUAAAUUACAUACAACAUGGCUACCCAGUCAUCACUAAGAGAAGAGGAUACACCAAGAUCCCUGAAAUCAAUGCAUCGCAUCCGGUUUUUCAAUCACCUUAUAAGCAAAGAGGUAGAAGCCGAGGCUCUAGUCAGAGUCAAAUACAAGGUCAAAGACAAGGUCAAAACCAAAAUCACAGUCCUCAUUCUACCAAUCACCACCAUAUCAUCCAGAAUGAUAUACAAUCUUCGCCUUAUAGUCGACAGAAUAAUCCUUUUCGUGAUUAUAGUUCAAGAAUUGGCUCCACAGCCACUGUUAUUGGUAGACCAAACUCACUUUUGAACGAAAUGAACAUUCCAAACUUGACAUACUCUAGAAGAUUGAGCUAUAACAGCACAUCGCCCGAACGGCCACCUUCUUCUUUAGGGUCGCGGUAUGACGAUGAAAAUUUGCUAAGGGCUUUAUCAGAGUCACGACCUAUAUGGAAGUGA